AUGACGGGCGAGGAUGCGCUGGCCGGGUUGAUAUUGAUAAUUGUCGGGCUUGUCGGCGUUAUUUUAUACGUUGCCAUCACGUAUUCUAUGAUCCGGAUGUGCCACGAAAUUGUCGGCUUCAGAUUUCUCAUCUCACAGGCCAUCUCCGACAUUUUGCUGAUGAUACAGGCGAUGCCUUACCUAAUUUUCUCAAUUUCGCUAUUCGGCAUCUGGCCGGGGCUGAUCAUCCUCUGCCAACACGAAUUGAUCCCCGAAACGUGGCGAUGGCAUCUGCAUGUUUAUCUCGAUUUUACGUGGUGGGCAAUGGUAUACCAUUACUCGAUCGUGGCAUGGUCCCGAUGGGCCGCGGUUCAGUGGCCAAACUGGUUUCGCACCCUCCAAAAUGGAACGUGCGUGCUGAUCUGCCUAUCGGCCUGGUUUCUCGGACUGGUCCAAAGCCUCGUGGAACAUCAGUUCCAAUGGUUCGAACCGCUCUACUAUAACCCGAAACGGUAUGGCAUGGACGCCGAUUGGAAGCGAUACGUUAACGAUGGGACAGCCUCUUACUACCUCUCCCUAAACGUCGCGUUAAUGGUGCUGCCAUUCCCAUUCUACGCAGCUGCAUUGGCCGUCCUCUUCAAGAGACAACACCUAAAAUCCCGACCAGCCGGCCGUUCCCCAUCCCUGACCCCGGUGGCGUUGACGGCACAACGGCAGCUGUCAAUCGAAACACGACUCCUCAUCCCCUGCAUCUGCAAUACCGUACUAUUCGUCGUUGGCCAGGUACGG